UGGAUCCAGGAAGUGUUUUGGUUACACAAGGCGGAAGCGUCUGGUUUGCUGAAGCUGAAUGUGUUUUUGGGGGAAAAGCACAAAACGUCCUUAACGAGGAACAACACCGCUACAAGUCCCUGGUCACAGGACGGAGUGAACAUUGUUCUUCGUUGUUGGUAACCGGGGUCAGUCCUCUGCUGUUUGCCCCAUCUGGUUUUUGACACCAGGAGUUUGAUCUGUCACCUCACUUACUGUCAGUGCCUCUGUUUCCAAGAUCUUCUCCCAUCUUUACACCUCGCCGACCAGUAGUUUCGGACCAUCUCAUCCAUAACAGUCUCUGUCUGUCAAUGGCUGGGCGUGGUGGAGGAGCAAACAGGCCUAAUGGUGCCGCAGCAGCAAAUAAAAUCUGCCAGUUCAAACUGGUGCUGCUGGGGGAGUCGGCAGUGGGCAAGUCCAGCUUAGUGCUGCGAUUUGUCAAAGGCCAGUUUCAUGAAUUUCAGGAGAGUACCAUUGGAGCUGCCUUCCUCACUCAGACUGUCUGCCUGGAUGACACCACUGUGAAGUUUGAGAUCUGGGACACAGCAGGUCAGGAGCGCUACCACAGCCUGGCUCCGAUGUACUACAGAGGUGCUCAGGCUGCCAUCGUGGUCUACGACAUCACCAACACAGACACUUUUGUACGUGCAAAAAACUGGGUGAAGGAGCUUCAAAGACAAGCCAGUCCCAACAUAGUGAUCGCGCUGGCUGGGAACAAGGCAGAUAUCGCAAACAAGAGAGCUGUAGAUCUUCAGGAGGCACAAACAUAUGCUGAUGACAACAGUCUACUUUUUAUGGAGACCUCAGCCAAGACUGCCAUGAAUGUCAAUGAAAUUUUCAUGGCUAUUGCAAAGAAGCUGCCUAAGAGUGAUCCUCAGGGUGGAGCUGGACAAGGAGGACGGACGAGGACAGGAGUGGAUCUACAAGAAGCCACCCCUCAGGGCCGCAGCAGCCAGUGCUGCGGCGGCGGCGGCAAUUAGCAAGUACAAAACAGUGAACUUAGUGAAUGAGCCCUGAACAUCAUUUUAAGGACAUCACGUAGCUAAAACCCAGAGAGGCAGGAGAGGGCAGAGCCACUCGCCACUCCUGCACUUAAACUGAGAUUACAGAUGAGAUUAUCUGGAUCCUCUUUGAUUAAAGGAACUUUUUUUUUAAAAGAAUCAUAAGCUAGAGGGAAUUCCCAAGAUCCCUCACUACUUCUCUUCUGUCUUUCCCCUCCAUGUGUCUGUCUACCUCCCCGUUCAUCUUCAGCCUCUGUCUCCGUUGAUUGAAUACCGUUUUAAAUGAACUCUUAUGAAGCGUGAUGCUGAGGUUGUUUUGCCAUUUUCCCUGUUGUUUGAGCGUGCGUGUGUGUAUGUUCUGUAUGUGUGUAUAAACAGCAUAUAUAGAUGCACAUACACACAUUUUGUACUCUUGUCAUAUCCCUCUAGGUUGAUCUUUAUAGUCAAUACAGAUACAAACACCCAUCCUCUUAUUAAUGCAGAACUUGCAAAUGGAAAAGCGAUGAAGCUUUUUGUCUUAUUGGCCCCAUUUGUAGCUGGUGUUAACAUGUGAUGAGGUAUCUGGAUAAUGACAUCUGAUCCUGGAGCUUUGCCUAUUACACCUAGUAUACAAAUGUAUUCUCAUUAUCGGCCCGUACUCUCAGUAUGCAAAUAAGUCAGGUGCUAGCUGGUGAUUUUGUCAUUUAAUAUGAUGUAAGUCAAGGAAGGCGAUGCCGCAAAUGGACAUUAUUAAUGAAUCAUUUCUGAGGGAAGACCUGCCAGCAAUGUUUCAGCUUGCUGAAUGUAGCAGGAAUAGGCAGGGAAGGCUUUUUUCUUAAGGAUACGGUCAGGCUGUUUUCACUGCAUUCACACCUGACUGAGAUCUGAUCACAGUGAAAGCUUGACCACCUCUAAAUAUGUCCUGGCUUAUCUGAUUACACACCAGUCCCACUGUGUUCUGUGUGCAUUUACACCUGCAUUUCCCCCUGUUCUUCCCUCUCUUAAAGGUAUCCAGAUACAGAUCACAUCUUAGUGCCAGGUGUAAAGGGUAUUUGUUAUUCUCGGAUGAGACGCAGUUAUAAGAGCCAGUCAUAACUUUGCUUAUGGAAGCAGGCCGUGAUCUGAUCUGGCUACACACAUCUGAAGAUGUUUCCGAACUGUACAACUCAUUCAUUGUGUAUCGCUAACUGUGACACCAGAGAGUUGUUAGCCUUUUUUAAAAAGAGAUGUGAAAUAACUUGUAAAUCUAAAAAGUAAUAAAUAACACAAGAUUA